AUGGCAGUACUUAUAGGAGUCAGAUGCUUGAAGUUCGUAGAAAAACAAAUACAGCUGCCAUUGGAACAUCUUAUUUUGUUAACUGAUUCUCAGUGUGUUCUCCAAUGGUUGUCGUUAGAAAAGUCACUCCCUGUAUUCAUAAAGAAUCGUGUCAAAGAAAUAAACAGCUAUAGUGAUAUUACAUGUAGCUUUGUAAAAUCUACAGACAAUAUAGCGGAUGUAGCAAGUCGCGGGAGUACCUUGGUGGAUUUAUGUAAAAAUCAAAUAUAUUGGCAUGGCUCCAAGAUGCUACAAAAGAUUGUGAUAGGCUUACAAGAAAAGUCGCUAUGUUAUAUUUCUGAAGAAGAUUAUGAAUUCAAUGAAAGGAAAAAUGAGUGUCAAAGGGAAGAUAUUCAAACACUGUUCGAUGUAGAAAUUAGUGAUGAGCCGAAAGAAGACGCAAACAUAUCUGAAUCUGAUUAUUUAACGGAAGACUGUCUAUUAACUGAAAACAACAAAGAAGAAAAAACGCCGUUUGGAAUAGAUGUUAACAAGUUUUCAUCUAUAUCAAAAUUAAUAAGAGUUACAGCAUGGUGCAAUCGAUUUAUUCGAAAUGCGGGAAGUCGCUCAAAUAGAAGUCAUACUCUUUCCAUUGAUGAAAUCAACGAAGCGGAACAGUUAUUGUUAAAACAGAUUCAAAGAAACCAUUUUGCUGAUGUUUUUCAAUCUAUACAAGAUGAAAGACCCAAUAAUUUGGUAAAACAGUUGGAUUUGUUUGUUGAUGAAUCAGAAAUGAUAAGAUGUGGCGGACGACUACAACACGCUAAUCUUUGCGAAGCUGCUAGAAGACCAAUAUUACUUCCAAGAAAAGACAAGUUCACAAUUCUUUUGAUUGAAAGGAUGUAUAAUAAAAUAUUACACAGCGGUGUGUCGCAGACUUUAAGUGAGACAAGACAAAGAUUUUGGAUUCCAAGAGGAAGAGCAACGAUUCGUUCGGUGUUAAAAUCGUGCCGAGUCUGUAGACGAGUUGAAGGUGGUCCUUAUAAAUUGCCAUCUAUGGCUCCCUUGCCGAGAGAACGUGUCACAGAAACUACUCCAUUUUCUUCUGUAGGCUUAGAUUAUCUCGGACCGCUUUAUAUAAAGGAAAAUAAUGAAAUUUAA